AUGACACAUGAUCCACGUUUUGAUGAUGCAGUUGAAAAACAAUGUGCAAAAGAUGUACAAUUAUUUGAUGAAUGUGAAAAACUUAUUGAUGCACGUGGUUCUAAUCAGAUAUGGGCAGCUCCGACUCCGGAGCGGUGGCUCCAUGGAGCUAGCUCCGCUCCAGGAGCGAGAGCGGAGCGGAGCGAUUCAUCAGAACGGUGGAGCUGGAGCGGAAAAGGGUCGGAGCUGCCCAUCUCUGGUUCUAAUCGUCUUGUGUCAUGUUUAUAUGAUGAUUUACCUGACAUAACUGAUCUAUCCUGUCGUUAUUUUAUUAAUCAAUUGCAAGUAAUUAUUUUCAAUGAUUGGCGUUUAAUAGAAUAUUUUGUUGAUGCAUGUGUGUUGGAUAUUGAAAAAUUAGAAUGUGGCCGAUUAGAUGAUGAUAAUCAAGAUUUAUCACAUGAACAAGGUGCUGCAUGUCGUGAUGAUCAAGAACGUUUAUGUGGACAAGUUGCAAGUGGUAGUGAUCGAGUUUAUCGUUGUCUUUAUGAUCAAAAGUUUAAUAGUAUGAUGUCAUCAGCUGUAGGUCAUUAA